CAAACAGGCUUAAAAAAAACUACCCAUCACCGCAUUGGGCAGCAGUGGCGGUGCAUAUAGAAACAGCGAACAAAAAGCCGUUCACGGCUUCCGCCACCGAAGCACAAAGGACACACCCGUUUCCUCCCUCGAUUUCCUUCUACGGGUUUAAAUUUGAUCGAUUAGCACCUUCAUUGGAAAUUUGAAAUGACUUCUCUUUGACAUCUGCUUUAUUUGAAAGGAAAAUGAGGCAUUGGAUCUUUUGAAAAUAUACAACAGUGUAAAAUUCAGUCAUCAUUGCCCAAUUUGGAAUAGAAAUGGCUCCUGGGGGCAGCGCUUGCAAAGAGGUACUUGAAUCUCACCCUACAGUUGCAGACUAUGACAUUGGAACAACAAAAGUAGAGAAUAACAGUACAACAACUAAAGGUACUCUCGGUUUUGGUGGAAAGCAUGGAGUUUAUUCAAACAAUGGUGUGCAUGAGCUGCUGGAGUGCCCUGUCUGCUCAAAUUUAAUGUACCCUCCAAUUCAUCAGUGCCCAAAUGGACACACUUUAUGCAUGAACUGCAAGAUUAGAGUGCAUAACUGUUGUCCUACGUGUCGCUAUGAUCUUGGAAAUAUAAGAUGUUUAGCGCUGGAGAAAGUUGCAGAAUCACUAGAACUACCCUGCAAGUACCAGGAUUUGGGAUGUCAUGAUAUUUUCCCAUACUACAGCAAGCUCAAACAUGAGCAACACUGUCAAUUUCGUCCAUAUAAUUGCCCUUAUGCUGGGUCUGAGUGCUCUGUCACAGGUGACAUCCCAACCCUUGUUGCACAUCUCAAGGACGAUCACAAGGUUGACAUGCAUGAUGGAUGUACCCUUAAUCAUCGUUAUGUCAAAUCAAAUCCCCAUGAAGUUGAAAAUGCCACAUGGAUGCUAACUGUCUUCAAUUGUUUUGGAAGACAGUUCUGCUUGCAUUUCGAGGCAUUUCAACUGGGCAUGGGACCAGUAUACAUGGCCUUUUUACGUUUUAUGGGUGAUGAUCAUGAAGCAAAGAAAUUUAGCUAUAGCUUAGAAGUUGGUGGGAAUGGCCGCAAGCUAACAUGGCAAGGAAUUCCCAGGAGCAUCCGUGAUAGUCACGGGAAAGUUCGUGAUAGCCAGGACGGACUCAUUAUUCAGAGGAGUUUAGCUCUUUAUUUUUCUGGUGGGGAUAGGCAAGAGCUGAAGUUAAGGGUCACUGGCCGUAUAUGGAAGGAGGAAUGAGAUAUGGAAUGACAAAUUUUCAGCUGAUUGUACAGUUUGCAAAGAUGCAAGGGUUUCAACAUGCGGCAAAGGAUGAAGCUUCAGCUCCUAUUUUGGUUUUUCUAUUCUCUUUAAAUGGUCUUUGUGAUUGAGGCAUUCGACAACCUAUUAUCAGCUCACCACUUGAUGGAGCAGAUUCCAAUUGUAAGCUCACCAGUCUUUUAUCUGUUAUGAUUGAGUAUAGGAAUUGGAAAUUGGGUGACUAGGAGAUCCAUGCAGCAAAAUGCAUGUUCGGUUUGCACAUCCACGUUAAGCAUCUUACUGAAAUUUGAAACUACCAUUAUUCUGUUUUUUCGUGCUUUUAUGUACCAUAUGCCCUGAUUGAGAUCAUAGGGAAUAAAGAUCCAAGUCUCUUUCUUUGUACCUAUCUAUUCUCCACUAAUAUAUCAAGUAUUGACACUUCA